AUGUUUUCAUCAACUGAUCAACAACAUUUAAUCUCUUCUUCAUCCAUUUGUCCAGAAGAUUCAGCAAUUAAAUCAAUUCUGACAACAAAUGGAAGUACGGAUGAUUUAAGUAGUACAACAAAUGAUGAUGAUAAUGGAAGUAUUAGAUGGUUGGAUUUUGAUUUAAUUGAUAGAAUUUCUAUACAAACACAAACUUUGGAAGAAAUUAUGAAUGAGAAAAAUGAAUUUUUACUGGACGAAGAAUCUGAAGAAUUAUUUGGAGGUCUUAGCCCUUUUCCCCCAGCUUAUGGUGCUGAAAGCUCUUCAGUAGCUGGUGUUAAUAUGCCAAAAAUUCUUCCAAUGGGAAGAUAUGGAUCUGUGCCUGCAGAAUUACCUAAAAGUUAUAAACUUGAUUCUCCUUUGGUUUUGAAAAGAGAAGAUACAAUUUCGCAACAAAUAAACACCAAAACCCAACCUAAAUAUGGCCAUCUAACUUCUCUAUGUAUCGGUAGACGUUUAUUGUCUAUUGGAACAUCACAAGGAUUUUGUUUAAUUUUUGAAAAGGAGGGAUCUCAAAAAUUGUUGCAUUCUGUUCAAUCAGGAGAUUCUUCGUUUGGCUCAAUUUCCUGUAUGGAUUUCUCAAUCGACCAAACUCGUUUAGCUGUUGGAUUUAGCACUGGGGCUUUAUUUAUUUUUGAUACAAACACUAAAAGAAAUUCAAAUAAAUUUAUUUUCAAAUCAAAUGAUGUUGUACAACCUGGACGAGGAUUAAUACAUCUUAAAUAUAUUACAAGUAAUGUACUCUUAAUUGUCGACAAUGGAGGUAAUGUAUAUGAAUUUCAUGAGAAGAGACGAUUAAACAGACGUAAGGAUGGCAAUGUUCGGUGUAUAUUUACUGGAUGUAAAGGAGAAGUGCUAAACAUUUCUUUUGUCCAUUCCUCUGAUAAUUCUGUUGAACUUCUUGUUCUGGCUACAUUUCAUCAAGUAUUUCUUCUUUCGGUUAAGAGACGAAGUGCUGCUGUGGGUCAAUUGAAAUUGCAUGGUUCUUCUUUGUCCCCACCUUUAAUUGAUUGGCGGGAACGAGUACAGGCACUGUCUCACGCCCGGGCAUUUUCUCUUCGACUUUGUAUUGCUCGUGAUAACGAGGCAAGACUUUAUCAAGUCCGUCAACGUGUAGGAGGCGAUUUGCUUUUUCCAAUUUUGCAAAUUUUAAAGUUUUCUACUCCUUUGAUUAAUUUAAAAUGGAUUGAUGAUUGGUCUUUACUUGCAUUAUGUACUACAGAAAAUAAUAUUGAACAACUUCAACUUGUAGAAAUACCUCAAUUUUCUGCUGGUGAAAGGAAAAACUUGCAAAAUCAAAAAUCAACUAUCCCAACCUUCUCUGUCAACCCGUUUGUUACUUUGGACAUAUCAGAAAGUGUCAAAUUAGUCUACAAUAGUGUUGACUUCAAAGGACUAGCAACUGGGUGUAAUGUUAGCAAAGUGAGAAUUUUUCAAAAAUAA